AUGCUGGUUAAUGAACCAGAGGAAGAGGAAGAUGAAGCAUUAGCUGAUGCUGAAAGGGAACAAGACCCAGUAUCUCUUGAGACUGAACAAAUAUUGAAAAAUAUUGAUUAUGGUUCAGAAACCGAGAAAGCAGCUGGUGAAGAAGGUACUGAUGAAGAAGAAAGCUCAUCUGAUUCAGAGAUUGAUGAAACUGACCGUUGGAGAAAAGUAAUGUCUGAUAUAAAAAAUCAAGAAAAACAGAAAAAGAGAAAAAGAAGUGGAGAUGACAAUGAUGAUUUGUACAUUCCAUCACUGGAACAUGUUCAAGAAGUUCAAACACCGCCUUCUGAAGAUAGGAAGAAAUCUAAUGCAAGGAAACAUUUUCCACAAGUUCUGGAGAAUAUUGGUCUUGAAGAAAUUGGAGAUUUCAGUUUUGUGAAUGACGAGCUUGUGAAGAAGUUAGAAAAGAAAGUAGAAGAUGUGUUAGCUGAUAAGAAAAAGCUGGAAAAGCCUGAUCAAGCUGACAUUGAUAUUCUUAAAGUACGAAUUGCUGAGUUAGAAGAAGAAAAAGCUCGGAGAGAUGAACAAAAUGAAUACUUCAAGCUGAAAAACAAAGAAUUGGAGGCUAACAACAUAAAGAAAGAGCAUGAGAUGUAUAUGAUGAAUAAAGUAUUGGAGAAUUUGAUCGGGAAGCCUGUUGAACAAAUAUUUGAAGAGAUCGAGGUUGAAGAAGUUAGGGCACGUCGUAAAGCUGCGAUUGAAGCUAAAAUGAAAAACAAAGGCAAAGGUGUUCCGAUUGAAGGUGCUGUUGAAGUAAGUGAAAGGGAAAUUGUGGUGUCUGAACCAAUAAUAGAUCCUGAAAAGUCUAUUCUUAAUGAUGAUGAUGAUGGAAAUGAUGACGACGAUCAAGGUUCUACAGGAAUCAAAGUUACUGAAGCGUCUACUGAAGAAAAUGUUGAUGAUUAUCUUUAUGAUGAUGCUAAUGAAGAACCUGAGAAUGCUGGAAGUGAGGAGGAGCAUAGUGAUGCUGAGAAAGCUGAUGAAAGUGAUGAUCAUUGUUCAAGAUUAAUUCUUCGUCUUGAACACAACGUAGAGGAAGGAGAAUACUUGCAUACUUACAACUUAGUAGAGAUCAUAAAGUUGACUCAUGUUGAUGAAAAUGAAUUCAAAGUUGAAGUUGAAGAUUGUAGUAACGAAGAACAAUCUGAUGUGAAUGUUGAUACGUCUAACUUUCCGACGCUUGCUGAGUUCUUCAGUCAAGCUAAUGAAGAUGAGUUACAAAGAAAGGUCGCGAAAAGUAUAAAGAAUAAAAGUUUUGAUGAAAUGUCAAAGGAAGAAAGACGAAAAGAACGCAAAAACUGGUUUAAGAAAGAUAUUGAGAGAAAGUUCAAGAGACCGCUGAAGUUUUACAAGAAAGACAUAGAAGUUUCACUUGGAGAUAUAAUCAGCUGGGGGUAUCUGCCGCAGGUGAAUGCGUAUGCGAUCAGAAGAGAGUAUGGAGUUCAGUAUUUUGCUUACAUUCAAGACAUCAUGUAUUUACCAUGGUGGGACGUAGAAGAACUUCCCAAGGUUAGAACAUUAACGUAUCCUAUCAGGGAACGUGAUAUGCCUACCUGGGGUUUGAUGAAGUUCGAAGCGUUUAAAGAUUUUAAAGACUGGAAGCCACAUUACCCGAAGAAAGUGAAGCAGGUGGAUCCAGUCACAGGCAUAGAAGAAACGAUCUUGAAGAUAAAGAAGCCCAGGGUGAUAAAGAAUAUUCCGUUGCCGAAAAUGGAACAGGGUUUUUACGAAGGGUUCUUAUGUUGGGUAUACAGUUGCAUGUCAACGGAAGCUGUGAUCACAUACAGAGUGGAGAAUGAAGUUAGAUAUAUUCACUUGUAUGAUCCGAUGUGGAUUGUCAACUGCUCUGCAAAAGACAUUGAGUGCUUAUUUGUUAACAAGAUCGGAUACAAAGCUGAAGACAAAGACCAAGCAUUGCAGUUUCAGAAAGUGGCAACAAUAUGUUUUCAGAAAGGGAUCAAUUCUGAAAAUGCUUGGAUGUCUAAGUGGAGAAAGAUUGAGAAAGAAGAGGCUCUGAAAGCUGAGAAAGGAAGGAAGGAACGUGAAGGGCUUAGAGGUAAAUGGAUGAAGAUGCAAGCUGAAGAAAAGCUUAAAGCUACUAAAGAGAAUGAAAAACUGAAGAGUUUGUUGAAGAGAAAGCCAAAGCAGAGGGAGGAAAAGUUCAAGUCCCUGUGA